UGGUAACAACAAUUCUACUGCAAGGGUGCCUCCGGUCCUCUUGGCUUGCAACUGACUUCGAAGAGCAUGGCGCUGCGCGACUGACGAUGCGGUCGUGGAGCGCUACGCCUUUGUCAACUUGGCAGCAGUUGAUAAUGAUCCGCUACGCCAUACAUACAGUGUCCGCUUAACGAGGCGCAAUUUGGCAUUUCAGCUUUGAAUUACGACGCUUGCGCGCUAGAUAAAGCCAAGCAUGCCGAAGCUCCACCCAGGGCCGGGGGCGGGCGACUGCCCCUACCCGACCAACCCUGCCUGCGAGCCCUCGGGGACUGCCUCCGCCUGGUCCUACCUGCUGCUAGCGCGGUCACAUGGUGGCCAGGCCGCCAAGGACAGCAUGACCACCUCCAUCAGCACCAUAGGCGUCAUGGCCGCGCUGAUGCUCACGCUCACCCUGCCAGCAGUGGCCAACCCGCCCACCGCACUGCAGGCGGCGGAGGGCGGCUACCAGCUGCGCUACCUGCGGCCCUGGUUCUGGUUCAGCCUGGGCUCCAGCCUGGCCUCCAUCAGCGGCCUGGUGCUGGCCUCGCUGCUGCUGACCUACCUCACGCCAGUGCCGCCCGCCGGCAUAGAGGCCUACCUGGAGCGGUGGCAGGGGCUGUACGUGGGCGCGAUCGCCGGCUUCAUCCUGUCCGUGCUGCUGCAGGGUGCCGCGCUGCUGGCGGCGGUGGCCCCGGUGCUUCCGGCCGCCGACCACAAGGCCGCCAUCGCCGUCACCGCGGCCGUGUUCGGCGGCCUGCUGCUGCUGUUCUGGCGCGUGGACUACCUGUCGCCUGGAUUCAACAGGCAUUACUACGCCAAGUGGUGGCGGGCAGUGGAGAGCGGCGGCGGCGCAGCGGGCGACGACGCGUCAGGCGACGGCGGCGUACAUGCGGCGGUGGCGGCGGUUGGCGGCAGUGGUGCAGGGGAAAGGGGCGCGAGCGGCCCGGUGAAGAAGGGCGCAGUGCUGCCUUUCGCAGGCAAGACCUGAGCCGCGUGUGUGGAAGGCAGACGGCAGGGGAGCGAGGGGAGAGGGCAGGCGGCUGGAGGGGUCACGGAUGGAGGAAUGAGGGUUAGCAGCAGGACGUUUGAUACACGACAGCACUUUUUGGAAUCCAUCCAGUAGGUCUGUAAUGAGCAGGGCUGCUUGUGUUGAAGAGCGAGUGCAAGGGAGGACUGGGCAUGCAAAACUGACCUGGCAAUGAAACACGGCUGGCCGUACUGCUCACUGCUGGUCCAACACUGAGUCAUUGCGAACUGGGCGCAUGCCGCUGGUAUUAUUGCGAGCGCUAUGGAUUAAUAUGUUGUCUCUAAGUGCGCGGGGUUGAACGAGACAGUAUCAAGGUCGAAAUGCACCGAGGCAUGGAGGAGGCGGUGAGAGGGUGCUCUGUUACACCCGGGAUAGGGGCACAGAGCAUCGGGUGUGCAUGCGAACGCUUUUACGAACCGCUUUGCA